AUGGUUGCCGAAAUCAAGAGCCAGAAGGAAUUCACCGACCUCAUCGCUGGGGAUAAAGUCACCGUCGUCGACUUCCACGCCACAUGGUGCGGUCCUUGCAAGCAAAUCGCCCCAUUCGUCGAAAAGCUAUCGGGGGAAUUCAAAGACGCCAAUUUCGUCAAGGUCGAUGUCGAUGAGGUCACCGAUGUUGCCGCCGAGUGUGGUGUCAGAGCUAUGCCUACAUUCAUGAUCUUCAGAGGAGGCGAAAAAGUCAGCGAAGUCGUUGGCGCCAAUCCGGCUGCCCUCAAGGCUGCCGUCGCUACCGCCGUCAAGGCGUGA